AUCUCUCCAAACCAUAGGACAGCUACUCAGACUGACUACAGCCCUGUGAACGCAUCCCACCCAACUACCCCUUCUACCCCCACCUCUGCUCGACCCAUCGUGGCUACUUCCACCCAGGACCCCAGCAGUAGUCUGACCAGCCAUGUUUCAGGCACCACAGCCAGUCCCCAAGAGGGUGACUCCACCUCUAAUACCACCAUCAACACCACAAGCCUACCUACCACACCAACCCAAUCGACCCCAUCAGAGGGUGAGUAUAUACCCCACUUGCCUGUUCAACAGGAGUCCCUAAGUGAUAUUAACGCAAUAAGAAGCCCUGCAGUUUAAUGAUCACUUGUAAGAGGUGUUGCUAGCUUUGUACAAGGUCAAGCCCCAGCGUUCACCAUUCCAUUGUUUUUCAGGCAGAUGCUCAGACCCUCCAGUUCUGUGUUGUUUGGGGCAGAAUAGCAGCUGUAGAAGAAGAAGCUGUUUCUGUGACCAGGCCUGUGUGCUGUUUGGAGACUGCUGUCAUGACUACAGGACCACCUGCACACAACGUGAGGGACAGAUAGAAUACUAGUCGUAUCAGUACAUACAAAAGCAACCAGUUGAAAUUAUACUUAUUUCAUAACAUAUUACAUGUUUUCUCAACAGUUGGUUGUUUGAAUUGUGACUUUCUAACUGCCAUCAUUUUCCUUGUUUUCUAAAGCGUUCACCCCUCCAAAGCCAGUCACACAAGAGCCAACAAUAGUAGACAGCAAUACUACACCUAAACCAACUAACACAGUAGACAGCAGUACUACACCUUCACCAUCUAACACAGUAGACAGCAGUACUACACCUUCACCAUCUAACACAGUAGACAGCAGUACUACACCUUCACCAUCUAACACAGUAGACAGCAAUACUACACCUUCACCAUCUAACACAGUAGACAGCAGUAUAACGACUUCACCAUCUAACACAGUAGACAGCAAUAUUACACCUUCACCAUCUAACACAAUAGACAGCAAUUCUAGUAGUACUACACCACCAUCUAACACAGUGGACCGCAAUACUACACCUUUACGAUCUAACACAGUAGACAGCAGUACUACACCUUCAACACCUUCCACAUUAGACAGCAAUACAACACCAUCACCGUCUAACACAGUAGACAGUGGUACUACACAUUCACCAUCUAACACAGUACACAGCAGUACUACACCUUCAGCGUCUAACACAGUAGACAUCAAUACUCCACCUUCACAAUCAGUAGACAGCAGUACUACACAUUCACCAGAAGAUGGCAGCACACUAGCAGAAGUCACAAUGUCCACUACUCUUGGUGAGUUUAUGAUGAUAUCCAAGAAUUCUAUUCUGUCAAAAAAACUAUUUAGUAUACCAUUUUAUCCAGGAUAAGCACCCUGUUUCUACAAAGAGUGGCACAUCUGUAAAUAGUGCUCAGUCACUUACUAAAAUCACUUUUCACUUUUGUUGUUUUCUAAAGCGUUCACCACGACAGAGCCAACCACAGGAGACAGCAACACUACACAUUCACCAGUAGAGGGCAGUACAGUCACAAAAUUCUCAGCCUUCACUAAUCUGGGUUAGAUUCUGAACUGUCAAACAACAUCUAAUCACACCUAUCCCCUAGCUGUAUGGACCAAGAAUGAAUGCAGCAGUUUCAUGACAAAUUGUUUAUCAAAAACAUGGUUUAUUUCAGAACUUGGAUCACCAUCGACUCUUCAAGCCACACAUACCGUCCCUGCUGUGUUUAACCCAGUACAGACCAUUAACAGUCAUCAGUCAAGUCAUUCUGAUGCCACAACUGGUGACACAACACCACCAGUCACAACCUUGUUCCACAAUAUGGAUGCCACAGCUACCAUCUCCAAGGAAACAACUGAGACAGACCAUAGGAACAUCAUAACCUCUCACAAAGGUAGGCUAUAGUUCCCACUGCCAAGUUGCUCAAGAAUCAUGGCAUUAUGGUAAAAUUAUUGAUUUUGUAAAGGGCAUCAUUUACAGCCAAGUAUGGCUGCUCAUAUUACAUUGUGAUUUUUUAAAAUCAGAUACCCAAACUCUGAUCGCCCAUUUGAGGGUCUCUAUAGUUUCGGCUGGGGAUAUACGUAAGGAGGAGAUCAUUGAGGCGUUGCACAAUGUAAGUGAAGCUCACAAUUAUCAACUCACACUUUUACACGGCUUAAUGUUUCUAAAACAUCACUACAUAACCAGUAUCAACCAUUUUGAAGUAGGCUUCUAGGCUAUAUUAUAUCAACCUGUUGAGACAACAGGCAGGAGAGACUAUUCCUUGCUUAAUACUGCUCUUCCUCUCCAGCUUGCAGCGCAGGUCCAAGCCUUUCUACAGAGAGAGUACUGUAACGACUGCACACUGAGCAUCAGAAACAUCAGAGGAAUAUGAGACCAACAUUUCAUCCAAAACCAUGUCUCUACACUAACCCAAAGAAUAUUAUGAGAUUCCUGGCACUAACCCUCAUCCAAUAACCCUAAUAUAUCCUGGACCCCACAUAUAAACCUACCUCUGAAUAUCCACAAUGCCAGUUUACACUUUUAAGCCAUUUUGAUUUUGGUUCAGGCUGUCCUUUUCAGAAUAAUUAAUUAUAUGGCCUAUUAAUUGUAGCCUAUAUUUCUAUUUAACCUUAGUUAAGAAGGU